CGCCCGCCGUGGGGGCACCUGGGAGGAGGCGGAGAACAAUAUGGCGGAUGGUGAGGAGCCGGAGAAGAAAAGAAGGAGAAUAGAGGAGCUGCUGGCUGAGAAAAUGGCUGUUGAUGGUGGGUGUGGGGACACUGGAGACUGGGAAGGUCGCUGGAACCAUGUAAAGAAGUUCCUCGAGCGAUCUGGACCCUUCACACACCCUGAUUUCGAACCGAGCACUGAAUCUCUUCAGUUUUUGUUAGAUACAUGUAAAGUUCUAGUGAUUGGAGCUGGCGGCUUAGGAUGUGAGCUCCUGAAAAAUCUGGCAUUGUCUGGUUUCAGACAGAUUCAUGUCAUAGACAUGGAUACUAUAGAUGUUUCUAAUCUCAAUAGACAGUUUUUAUUUAGGUAAGUUUUAAUAUCUAAGUUUUUUCCCCCUUAAAUCUGAUGAUUGCUAAACUUGAGAACGCUGCAGGUAGUAAUUUUUAAAAACUACUGAAAGGAUAACAUUAAUUUUAUAUAUUCAAAAAAAGUAAUAACCACUCCCAUUUUAUGUGAAAUUUUACAAGGAAAUUUGGGGCAUUUAAGUGAAAGUAGUUCUGCUUUGUUUUUUAAGAAAUUUCCAAAUCAUUUAUUUGCUUUUGUGCUCUAGCAUGCAGCUUUUUUCCUCCUGGUGA